CACAUGAUGCGAUGCAGAUAUUCAACGAAAUCGUCUAAAAGCGGGAACGUGUCUCCGCGGAAGCGCUUCAGUUAGCAACUGCAGAACGGGUGAGCAACGCUCCAGGAACUACGAUGAUGCUCGAGUCCUUGCGUCUGCUUGUGGUGGCGGCUGCUCUACCAAUGGCGCUUCGAGCCUCCCAUGAAGAUCCACAAGGCGCCGGGUGUACCGAGUGCCUGAUUAAAGAAUUCCGACUAGAGAAGUACGUCGACGUACCGAGACUUUCCCAGCUGUCACGUGACCAGAUUGCUGAAGUCUUCUUGAGUAACCUAUUGUGCGAUCGCUGCUGGUCAGUAAGCAAGCAAGAUCUAUCUCGUGUUUUUGGCUGCGUGAGCUGGGUAGCACGUCCGUACAACACCUGCGGGAACAUGAACUCUGACGACGUGGCUACAACUAGGCAUCGUUUCGUGCGAGUCCUGAGUUGCAUUGAGGAAUUCACGUGGUCUGAGACACUAGCUUGUUUUCUGAAAAUACCGGAUAACUAUACGCAAGCCACCACACCAUGAUGCGUGACUCGGUCCAUUCAAGGCGGAACAUUUCUCCACAUUAACCCACUAUGAUGGAUCUAACUGGUUGAUUGGCGAUGGCCUACUACUCAGCUCACGAAAUAAAAAGAAAUGUGCUACUGUCGAAAAUAAGCGUCUCGU